AUGAGCAGCGUAUUUGAAUGCCAUACUGAAAUUGAGACAGAAUGUGUUCAUGACGAAUCCUAUGGAACCUUCCGCGAACCUCUAGUCUAUCGCAGUCAAAGACUAUCAACGCAGACGCUACGCGAGAAGCUAGCCUUGUUGGAGCGGCGGCUCAAUCCACGCCCCUGGGAUGCGCGUACUGCCCAGAGCGAAGUGCUUCUAGUCAACAAAAAACCUCGCUUUUGUGUGGAGGGUUUUGAAAGGCUUUCUGGGAACUACUCUGGAGAAGAACUGGUGACAGCAGGAGCUGGUGCGCCGGCGGACUCUGCCGCGAAGCUCGCGACGCCAGAAGCGGAAACCUGGGUGUAUUGCGCCAAAGCCGCUGCAGAUGGUUGCGGCUCUUCGGUGUGUCGCCCAGGACAGAGUGAUUCCAAGUCAGGUAGUGAAACUCGGCGAACUCCGAUACCGCGUGGCGAACGAGUGCCUGGGAAAGUCGAUGUCGUAGCAGCGGCGACGAUAACGUCAGGGGCCGCAGAAUGCGCGGAUGCCUCGAGUGUAGAUGCGAGCGGGAAACACACAGACCAGCUGCAUCCUGGUCAAUCUUCGUCAUGUACGGACAACAGGUUCCAGGCGGAGAUUCACGACCGUACUCCAGAACAUAGAAACGAGAACGAUCUGCGCUGCCCUGAGAGCUGUCACCGCCGCGGGUGUGAAGCUGGCGCAACGCCACCGCCCGGUUCGCAGUCAACGAGUCCCGGCAACUCUUGCAGCGUUGCGGAGACUAUUCUAACCGUCUCGCGAUUCGAAGGUAGAAGUGGAUGCCAGACAGAGCUCGGCUCGCAGACACCGUCGCAGACUCCAGCAGCAACCGUCGAUCGUAGCAGUUCGCCGGUAGCUUCCAACAGCGGGGAGAGAAGCUGUCGAAGCGAGCCGGCUCGCCAUGCGCAAGAGUGGACGACCCCUGCCGCGGUCGCGGGUCAAAGCACCAUGAAUAGGCCCCGAAAGAGAAAAGCGCGCGUGCCUGCUGCGGAGGAGAACAACGGCCUCACACUGGAUCAGUUUUUUUCGCGAGCGGAGAAAAUGACGCCAAGUGCAUCGGCCGGAGCCUGCACGUUUGAGAUGGAUUCCAUUGAGAGCGGGAGCAGCAGGGUGAGCGCUGCGGAUGACGCUCCUGGAUCGCAGAGCAUCGCGGGUCAGCAGGACGCGCGGCUUGUCAAAGCCACCGCCUCUGUGGAAGAAAUCCACAACCAGUAUGUGCUCCAAAUCGAAGGGCUCUCCACACAGCUCGAGGAGCUACGUGCUGUGGCGUUCGAGCUCGAGUCUACACAGGAACGCCUCUCCCAAGUAGAACGCACCGCCGGUGCACUCCGAAAUGCGCUGAUGGAUGCCCUGCGGGAGCAAGGCCGACUCGAGCGAGGGCUGAACGCCCGGCUAGUCGCUGAAAAGUGUCAGAGGUUAGGGCAACCAGUUAUUGCUCGCAGCGGCACUGCCCUGCAAGAAGUGUGGGAGGACGGAUCUGAGUUUCAGCGUCUGAGUGAGCGUCAAAACGUCAUCGCCGCGGAGCGAGAAUCCAUCGAGAGGUCACGGAAAGAGCUUAGCAGACUGCGCCGCCCCGCUCCUGGUCAAAAUGAUGCCACUGCAGAUGCCCCGCAAUGGCUGUCUAUGUACAUCGCAGAACAAGAAGAGAUCUUUCGCGUGCGAAUUCAGCUUCUGAAACGAGAUGAAGCCGCUCUCGCCGAAGAGAGAGCGAAACUGGAAUGCGAACGCGCAAUGCUUCUGCGUGAACUGAAACGCGUUCGCGAUGAGAGUGCCUCUCGAUUCCGAGAAUUUCCACUGCUUGCCGAUCGGUAUCUUCUUCUCCGCUUGCUCGGUCGCGGUGGCUUUUCUGAAGUCUGGAAAGCCUACGAUAUCGAGCAGGCCCGGUAUGUCGCAUGCAAAAUCCACCAGCUCCACGCCUAUUGGAGUGAAUCGCGGAAGAGCAACUACAUCAAGCACGCUACCCGCGAGUAUCGAAUCCAUGCGACGCUCAAACAUCCCCGUAUCGUGAGCUUGUACGAUGUGUUUGAGAUCGACGACCACACCUUUUGCACAGUACUCGAGUACUGCGGUGAGGCCUGUGACCUCGACACCUAUCUCCGGAUGAACCAUCACGUAUCGGAGCGCGAGGCCAAGUCCAUCAUUGCACAGGUGUUGAGCGCUCUCCUCUAUUUGAACUCACAACCCAAACGGAUCAUUCACUACGAUCUCAAGCCUGGUAACAUUCUGUACACAAACGGAGAGGUCCGCAUCACGGACUUUGGCCUCAGCAAGAUCAUGGACGAGAACCUGAACACCAUGGAUGGAAUGGAACUAACUUCGCAAGGCGCUGGCACCUACUGGUACUUGCCCCCAGAGUGCUUUGAGGGCAUCUCUGCUACGAGCGGCGCCACGGGUCCUCGAAUCAGCAACAAGGUGGACGUCUGGAGUUGCGGUAUCAUCCUGUACCAGCUUCUUUACGGUGUCAAGCCAUUCGGAAACGACCUUUCCCAGGAACGAAUUCUGCGUGAUGGCACGAUCCUCAAAGCGUCGGAUCGAGACCUCUUCUUUCCGGCAAAGCCAGCGGUAUCCACGGAGGCCAAAGAUUUUAUCCGUCUAUGUCUCACGCGAAAUCAAAUGGAUCGACCCGAUAUUCGCUCUAUUGCGAUGCACCACUAUCUUCGAGGGACUAUAACGAUGUCCUAA